GUCUUCAAUUAUUCCUCUCACUUAGAGACAUGGUCAAGGUGUUCAUCCAGAAGUAGCAUUUAGAGCAGCAAAAGCCUUAAAUGUCCUUGUUUCUAGAGUUAGCAAUAUAGUUGUGCCUUUUUGAUCAGGUGUUAGUGAGGAAGGUUGUGUUAGGUUGACCACUAGCAGAUGUAGGCUUCCUUCCUCCGUAGCUAAGAGUGAAACAGUAGAAUGGAAUGAAAAGAACAGUCAGUCCAUUAAAUAUUGGAACUUGGUGCCAUUGACUUUGCCACUAAGUAGUCAUGUCACUAUGGCAGGUCUUCUCACACUUUGUUUGCCAGGCUCUAAUUUCAAACAGGAGGUGCUUGGAUUAGAGUUGCAUGCUUUUGCAGGUCCCUCUGGCUCAGUCUUGAAGACUGUUUCUAAGUCUGGAUUUCCUUAGCAAUGUGAGAUCUCAUGUAAACCCCCAUAGAACUAAUGAUCGGCAGCUUCCAGUCACCUGGAGUUGCUGCAUACGUAGAGACUUAGCUUGCUUGGAGUCUUUGAUGCUGAGGGGUUAGUGUAGAAUGUCAUCAUUUUAGUGCCAUUUACAUGAGCUGUGGUCUAUCACCUGCUAGAAUAGUGCUAAUGUGUGAGUGUGUCAGUUCAGAAAUGUGAUCUUGUAUGCAAACCAUUAGUUAGCCAUAGUGUUAUACAUUAUGUAGGUAUUAUAUUCAUUUGUUUAACUUUUUUUACAUUGUAAAAAUUUUCUUCUACAGUUCACAGCAUUAACAAAUGGAUGCGGUUUUCACCCUUAAAACAUUGAGUGUAAGCUAUAGAGAGCUGUAAUAACCAAAAUAACCAAUAAUACCAGCUUUUAAAAUUUUACUGUAACUUAAUGAGUAAUUCAUUAAAAAUUAAUUAGAAACCACUUUAUUUUAACAGGAAAUGUGAAAAUUGAGACUCUUGGAUGCAGUGCGACCCACAAAACUUAGUUUAACCCUUUGGUUUCCAUUUCUUUGUUCUCACUAUAUUACAGUAAAUUCUGAACAUAGGUCCUGAGUAGCAAAACCUUGUAUGUUAGCUCAUGUAGGCAUGUCUGUGUCCAGAGCUCAGCUUAGUCACGGCCUUCGUUUCCAUUUCCUUUUUUAUUGGCAAGUCUUAACAUUAGUUUUGGCUUGGAGGUUUAAUGUCAUAAAUAUGGCCUGUGUUGCCUAAGCAUAGCAGCACAUGGCAGUAAUCCAAGUACCCAGGAGGCUGAAACAGGAGUGGACUUUUAGGCCCACCUGAGUUACAUUGUGAGUCCCUGUCUCAAAAACGAAAGAAAUAAGGCAUGUAUUAACUGCUACAUUUUAAGAACCCUUGUAACUAUAUUUAGUUGUGAUGUAAGGUAAUGUAAAAGCAACUUGAUAAUGUGAAUAUGUAUUAUAUAAUCUUAAAACAUUUAAGAUGAUUCUCAAUUGCUUUAAAGUUAUAGAAUCAGUUUUAUUCACUUUAUUUAUAUUAAAAACUUAGACCUUUAAUAGCAAGCUUUGAUUAUAAAUAUAGUCAUAUGUAACAGUUGAUUAAAUAACUAUUUAUGGAAAUAGUGGGCAAUUCAAGUUGGGUCUUUUAAAUAGCUUACUUUUUUCUAAAUUCUACUUUAAUUGGCCCUGAACAUUUGAUCACAAAGAUAUUAGUUUUCAUUUUAAUGAGUAGCCUAAACCUUUGAGCUGGUAAAUAUCUGUCAGUGUGUCCUUUUUCUUUCUUUCUUUUAAGUAGGUAUCUUAAAAUAUGAGUAUCUUUUAUUUACAAUUCUGUCCUUGGUUACAGGACCCUCAAGUGUCUCUUUUCUACCAGGUGUGGCUGAGCAUGGCCUCGAGUGCCAGUCUGUCCCCCAUCUCAGUACAGGAGCCACCCCUCGAGACCCUGCAGUAUGGUGACUGCCCUGGACUGAGCUUUCACAUUUUUUUGGAAGGAACAUUUAGCUUGAACAACCUAGGCAAAAGCAACUCUUAAAAUCAGAAGUCUUUGGCCUGGAAUUAGAAUACAAGUAGUCAUUAUUUAUUACUAUUGUGUAUGUGGUUAUUCAGUUUAUCAGCUAAUGAAAAUGUUGAUUUUGACAGUAAGCUAAAUUGAAAACUGCUUCUUGAUGUCUAUUCUGCACAUUUUAUAAUUUAUUCUGUUUAGUCUUGUCUACAUAAGCAGUUUGACUCCCCCAAAUAGCAGUGCCUAGGUCUGUGUUCCCCGUAAUGCUACAUGGCCAGAUGUAGUCCCAGUGCAGACUAGGUCUUUUUGCCCCCUAAGACCAAAGGUUUAGCAUUAGUUUCCUUACUUAAAAUUACUUAAUAUUUAUUUUCUUUCAUUUCAGAAUGGGUCAGAUUGUUAAUUCAUUUUAUAACCUAUGAUAUUUAGGAGAUUAAAAACUUUCCUUCUCCUCUGAAUAGGUUAAAAGCUGCCUCAUACUGCUAUUUUUAAAUUAAUGAUUUUGCUCUUAAUUCCUACCCUGCUUUUUAUAUAUCUGCUACAUUAAAAGUGGCCAAAGACUAAAGUUGUGCUUUUUUUGAUCAUCAGGUAGAUGGUGAGGGUAGCUGCUAAGUGUCUGUGGCUAGAGUGGUUUGUUAUGUGACUGAUUUGUUAAUGUAGGUUGCAACUGUAAGAUAACACAGUUCAGCAGCUGUGCAUCGUAUUAAAUUUUCUAGCACCACACGUGAGUAUGUUGAUGGACUUUUGUUUUCUUCUCUUAAUUUAAAUCUUGAGUUUUGGUGCCAAGUUAUCUUUUCCACAUACGCUCUGCUUCUGGCUUAUGUGGUAGUCAUCAGUAAUUACCGCUGUUCACACCUAAAAGUCCAACUACACAGAUUCAAAUCCCAGUUCUGUGAGCACACUAAAUGUUUGCAUACCUUAAAGGCCUCGAGCUGUGGCUGAGCAUGUUGAACUCUCUUGGACUUCAGUCUCACAUGAUGCAAAAGGCGGGAUGCUACAGAACAUGGCUUCAUUAGAAGUUGUGUAUUUUAUGGUAACCAGAUCUAGCAGGGUACCUUUGAAAUAGUUAACUGAAAAGCAGCCUCCCUGCUUAAUGCUCAGGAGGCAGCUGAAGAAGCAACAAUGGGCUGGGGUAAGCAGGCUCCUUCGCCUAGUGUAGAGACAGGCUCAGUUGUCUAAAGUGACAACAGUAGGCCAGCCACAGAUGCAGCCUCUGUGGAUCUGCUAGGCUCUGGUAGUCACUGAAGCAGGUGUAUGGGCUUCACCUGGACCCUGCCUAUCGGCUGGAUUGUCACCAGGACAAACGCAUAUUGUGAACAUACUUAGAGUAAUACGUCAGAAGUUCUCUUGUAAGUGUAACCAGGACCUACUAUGUUAGCUAUUCACUUCUGUGGUUGAUGGUUAAUUCAUCCCAACAUACUUCUCCUUCAGAACAUCGGUCCUGCUAAGAGAUGUCUCAGACUCAUGACUGAAUUAGUCUGAUACUUUGGUGCUUUGAGUUCUUUCCAUCCUCAUAUGCUUACUUUUCUGAUUGUUACUACUGCAGAUUCUCUGGUCUUGAUGCUGCCUUUUCCUCCACUAGGACUGCAGGAUAGAGGCAGCUGUUAAGUCUGCCCACUGGCAGGAGUAGUCAGUGUACGACAGGGUUCCAGAGUUGACAGGCUUACCUUAGAAUUAUUUUAUUAAUAACUUAAGUGACAUAGAUUUUAUCUUUAACUGUUGCUUGUACAUUAAAUUGGUGUUUUAAAAACAAACCAACAAUUUGUAAAUACCAAUUUUUCUCUCUGUUAAAUCAUAGUGGAACAUGCUUAGUAUUUUAAUGUAUGCAAACAAUAAUAGUGAUUUACUUGCAAUGCUAAUUGUCCUCCAUAACAUUGAACUUGAAAUGAAAACUUGGCACCAAACUUAUUCAGGUAGAAACUUUUUAAAAAAUAGUUUCUUCCUAUUGUUAACUGAAGAGUGCAUUUUUGAAAGUCUUCAUGAUUAUGUGUUUGGAUACCAAAGGGUUAAAAAUACACCUGUAUUUCUUUUACUGCAAUAACAGAUGUUUGCUAAUGUUUUGUCUGUAUCAAUAGACAUUUAGUAAAUGUUUUUAUUUUUUAUCUUUUUUUAAUGAUUCCAUUUAUUUGCUUAUUUCCAUCUAGGAAUAGUUACUAAUGUAUUUGCGAUACAGCAUACCAAAUUUUAAAGUAACCAGAAUCGUGAGUUGAUGGUUUUUAGUCCAUACUGUUAAACUUUUGUUGAAAUAUUGACAUAAUUGGCUUCAUGCUGACGUUACUGGAGGUAACUCUUAAUGACAGCACUAAAGCAGUGAAGGUGGUCACACACCAGUGGCUUAGCUCUGUGACUACUGCCCUGCACCUCAUGUGUGUAUGUAUUUUUAAUCCAGUGUUGCCUGCCAAUGUGAUCCCUUAUGAUUGACGUUUCCUGUGUAUGAACCAUGCCCGCUUUAAGUCACGCAGAAGAUUCUGAAUCUGUAAAAACUACACAUGUCAAUGUUUUACAGCUGCGUAAUUCGAAUUGACUUGGUUUUUUCAAGUAACCCUAGAAAGGGGAGCAUUCACAUAGAAACUGCUGAAACUGCCACAGGUGCUUCUCCGAAACCUUACGGUUGUGGCAUUGAAUGUUCAGUAUGGCUUCCCUUCUGCACACAAGCAUACUGUUGAGCCUGAGAAAUGCCAGUGGCCUGACGGCAGCAGACAUUGCACAAACCCAGGGUUUCCAAGAGUGCACCCAGUUUCUCUUGAGCCUCCAGAACCGUCAAAUGAGCCGUUUCUGUCAUAAUGGCACCUUGAGUGGAGCUCACGAGAACACGCUUCCCAAUCACAUUAGCCUGGGAACAAAUCGAAAGAGAUGCUUGGAAGACUCAGAAUCUCUGGGAGUGAAGAAAGCUAGAACCGGAGUUCCCAGCCUGGAUCACACCAUGCCACUAUCGAAUGGUGAGGCUGAAGAUGACGCUGACAGAAUGCAUGUUGACAGAGAAUUUGCUGCUGUAUCAGAUGUGAAAAACAGUAGCUCCGUGUUGAAUACAUUGACAAAUGGAAGUGUCAUCAAUGGACAUUUGGACUUCCCCUGCGUGACCCAGCUCAAUGGGAUGGAGAACAGGAGUAACCCGUGCUUAUCAGGAUCUAAUGGAAUUAGCAAUGGACAGCCAUUUUCCAGUGGCCAGGGUUCUGUGUGUGCUAAUGGGACUGAGGAGCCAGAAAAGACCAUGGGCGUUAACCCUGAGAUGUGUGGGUCUCUGCAUCUGAACGGGAGCCCAAGUAGUUGUGUGGCCAGCAGGCCGUCCUGGGUGGGGGAUGGGGGAGAGAAUUUGCACUAUGGACACUACCAUGGGUUUGGGGACACUGCUGAGAGCAUCCCUGAACUGAGCAGUGUGCUGGAGCACUCAAGCUGUGUGCGGGUGGAGCAGCGCUACGACAGUGCCGUCCUGGGCAGCAUGCAGCUGCACCAUGGCUCCUGAAGACAGGGCCUUCCGUAGCUCCACUGCAGCUGCAGCUUGAGGAAGCUGCAUGGCCUGUGCUGGUGGUGCCUGGACUUUCUGAGAAAGAACUUGGAUCCACUCAGUUAGUUCCCUGUGAGUGCCACUGGAUGCAGAGGGCUUCCCAGGGCAUAGACACUUCUCAUGGGGUGGUGGGCCUCCUGCAAGGAGCAAGCACUUUGUUUUGAUACCUUUCUCUCUCUCUUUUUUUUUUUUGGAUUCUAUUUGAUCAGGAUGAUUUGGGUUAGUAAAUGAGGUGCCUAGUGACAUAUGGGCUUCAUUUCAAAUCAUUUACCAUUUGCUGUAGCACUCAUAACAACACAGCUACUUCCUAUGCAAGAUGCAAACUUACAGCAGUGUCUUGCACCAACAUGGAAAGAGGACUGUCACUUGCCAGGGCACAAUAGUUCCCAGUUUCCUAUGUAGACCACAGCCUGUGUUUCCUUAGAAACAGGCUCUGCCUAGGAUGGAUUAGGGUUUGUUGCAUUUUUAUUCCACAUUUCUACUUGGUCUCUAGAUUUUUUUACCACAGAUAAUGGUUUUCUUUAUAUUUAGUGGAAGUUGCUGUUUGUAGGAACAGUCGGGUUAGAAUAUUUUACUAUGGUGACCUAUUUUUUUGUUACUGUUUUUGAGGUUUUCUGCUUAAAUAAAUAUAUAUAUAUAUAUACACCACUAUAUAUCCAGUUAACUAAGAGAAUUUUGAAUUUCUCUUAUUAAAACUGCAUUAAAUUUAUGGUUUUAUAGAAAUUAGCUUUUGUUUAGGCAACUAGUGGUUACACUGCAAAUACCGCAAUGACUUCUGAUUUUUGUAAUAACAAUCGGUGCAGAUAAACUGUGAGAUGAAGAAACCAAUGUUUUUAAGAGUGUGCUAGCAUUUUGUUUUUCAACUGUUCUUUACAAAUUAAAUAAAAAAAACCUCACUGCUGA